AUGAUGGUUCCUACUCGUAUUCGUUAUCUUGACUGGCUUGAUCGUUGUCAAUUACCAUCAUUACCACCUGAAAUAUGGUCACUUAUAUUUUCCUAUUUGUCUAUUAAAGAUUUAAAAACGAUUCGUCUCGUAUCAAAAUUAUUUUAUUCAUGUUGUACAUGUGAUAAUUUUUGGUUUAAUAUUAUAUUUAAUGUUGAUAAAUGGGAACAAUCUUCAUUGUCAUCGACUAAUAAAAAUUAUAAAUUAUGGUUAAAACAAUAUACGUUAAAAGUAAUUCGUACAUCAAAUAUUAAAUUGGUGACAUCACAUUCAUUCAUGAAAACAUUAAAACAUUACAAUAAACAAUUGAAAUCAAUUUAUAUUCUACCAGCAAAUUCAACAAUAACAUUGGUGAAAUCAACUAAAAAACGUCGUUUAACAAUAAUGAUGAAGCCAGAAUCACCACCAAUUAAUGCUCUUAAAUUCAAAAAUGUAUCAAUUGAAAAUAUUCAUCAUUAUGAAAAAGAACAAUUAGAAUGGAUGUUAUCAAAAACUGUAAAACAUUUAAAACUAACGUAUACAUUUUCGCCAAGUGAACCACCUAUGACAUUUUUAUACAAAUUAGAAAAACUGAAAAAUUUAACGGUGAUAUUUGUGCAUAAUUUUUCAACAUUAGUUAUUGGACAACAACAUCAUCAUAAUUUUUACAAUUUUCAUCAAUCUUUUGAUGCCUAUGCGUUAAUGAAUUUAAAUACAAUGUUUGAUAUUCUACAAAUUAUAUUCAAAAUAACCAGGUGUGACAAUACUUUAAUUUUUAGUUUUAAACAUGGUUAUUACUCAUUGUUGAUAUUUUGUGGAUGGUUUACACAUCAUUUAAGAGAUAGUAAUCGGCGAGGUUUAACAUUCGAACCAUUGAUACAAACACAACCAAUUAAAGAUUAUAUACUAAUUAUGAUUGUAUCACUUGAAGCUGGAGAAACUAUUGUUGAUCACAACAUCUGUGUUGUUUUACGUCAUUGUUACGGAAAAUUUGAUGUAUUUAAACAAUUUGUUAAAAAUUUAAAAUCAAUCACAUAUUUUGAUUGUUCUACUCUUCAAUUAACUCAUUUUGAUCCAAUUGACACUAAUCCCGCAUUAUCCAUUCCAUCAACGAUCGCCGUAUGGGAUAUUUCAUCAAGAUUAAUGGAUCUGUUCAACAAUUCUUCUUUGGAACAAUCAAAUGUAUCAUUAAAAUCGUUAGCAAUUACAAAUUUUAAUCUAAAUGACAUCGAUAUUUUGGAAACAUUUUUGACAAAAUUUUACUCAUUAACAAUAGUGUGUAUCGCUUUGUCUUCCAUCGGUUGGUAUGAUCCAAUAUCUGAUAAUAUAUUUUAUGAUCGAUUGGAUAAAUUAAUCGAAGCAAUCCUCAAAUCCACUCAACAAAAUAACCGAUUGAUUAUUCAUAUUCAUGUUGAAAAUAAUUCUAUUUUAAAUACAAGAAAUAUUAUCGAUGAUUAUUUGAGACAAUUUGAAUAUGAUCAACAAUCAAAAAUAAAAUUAUUUAUUUUGGCUAAUAACUAUAAAAGUUGUUUUCGUUACGAAACUAUUAUUUAA